AUGCAAAAAGCAGCAAAACCAACAUCAACACCUGUAACAGCAAAACCAGUACCAACACAAACAGCAGAAAAACCAGCAUUUACACCAGCAGCAACAAAGCUAACUCCAACACAAGAAGUAACGACAGCAAAGUCCUCACAAACACCAGCAGUGCCAACUUCAGCACAAGUUUCUGCAGAAGCAGCAGCAAAACCUCUGUUAACACAAGCAACAGCACCAAAGUCACCACAAACAGGGGCAAAGCUAGGAGAAACAACCUCGAAACAGUUACCUCCAGGUUCAACUAAAACUCAAGCACUAGCACCUAAGUCAGCAGCAACAAUUUCAAAAGAAGGAACAUCAGUAUCCCCCACACCAAACUCAGUCCAACCCAAGCCUACAGCACAGAGUAAGCCUAAAGUGCAAACAAAGUCUGCUUCUUUAAUAAAGCCACAUACUACUAAGGUUCUUGCUGGAUCCCCAGUUGUGUCCUCCCGCCCACCAUUUGCAGCUAACACUAUGGUAGCAGAAGAUUCUCCACUUCAGACUAAUGAAAAGUCAGUUGUUCAAGCCAAACCUGUUGCAAAAGGUGAGGGUGAGUCCCAGACUUGUGUAGAAAAGAUGGAUGUUGACAGUCAGCUGUGCCCUGACAAUAAAUUACAAACUCAGGCACCUGUUCUUUCAGAUGCUAAAGACACCCAGAAAAGUUGUUCACCUGUGGGUAUCAUUGGUGCUAUUAGCAACCCCUUAGACACUGGAAAACCUGAGCUGAGAGUUCCACCAGGUGUUAAAGUGACAGAAACACAGGUUAAAAAUCCUGAAGCUUCUGAAGGCCCAGAAUUUGGAUCUCAGGGUGGCAUCUCAUCACAGCAUUUGGGUGGGAAUAAAAGUCACAGUAAAGAACUGGAGAAAGACAUAGAGGGGAAAAAAGGAAGCUUUGGGCAUUCAUCCAGUAUGUUCAAAGGAUUAGGUGCCAGGAAUUUAUCAUCUGAAAGAGGAAGGGAGAGAACCAGGUCAAAAGUAAGUGAAAAUGACAAUUCAGAUAGGAGAUCAAGAGGGAGUCGAUCUCCAGGAAGGGACAGAAACCAGCAAGAUGAAGACGAAGUUUCCGAACGUAAAGGCAACAAAAGGGAAGAUCGAAGGAGUGUCAGUAGUUUAGAAAAUAAAAAAGGUGACAAGCUAAACAAAUCAGAGAAAAGCAGCUCAUCAUUUAACAAAAAAACCAAUGCAGCAUCUAAAAGUGACACAGAAUUAAACAAAGAGAGCGCAGUGUUAAAGAAAAGUGACCUUGGAACAGAUGUGGUGAAAGAUGAAAGUGCCAAGAUAGGGAAAAGCAUCAGUGAGAGUGACACUACAAAGACUGGUGAUGCCAGCAAAAAACAUGGUACCACCACAAGGGAAGAGAAAGCCAAACAACCCACAAAGGAACUUGGAGCUGCAAAACCACAGGUCCUGUCCUGCCUAUUUCCGAGGUCAAGAAGCUGGAAGAAGAGUUUGUUUCAAAAUUCUUUGAGCUAA